CGUGGCUCAGUAGUUGAGCAUCCGGUUAAGCAUCCGGGUUAGCCAAACGGUGUAGUGGACCUAUAAGUAAGCAGUAGGAAACUUGGCUAUCAUCACGUGUUGCUGCUACAGUCUCUCGAACCUUUACCGUAAAAGAAGCUAUUACCAUUAUCUCAGUCAACACAGAUUUUAAGGUAACUACUUUCCAACAACGACAGGAAACAGCGCAAUAUGUCACCGAUGAUCUUAGUUUUUUUCGCGACCUGUUUUGGGCUGGGGUCAGUUAUGGCAACGCCUGUUUUGAACGUAAACAGUGACCAGGCCAUCAAUUUCAAAGCUGGCAAGCCAAUUACAGACGAAGAACUCAACAGCGACUUCUCCAAGUUGAAGACAGAUUACGCAGGAGAAUUCUUUCCGUGGGACAAACAGGAUCCUAACCUCCUAGAAGGUGACAUUAAGCCGUGGGGAGACAAAGUUGCUAUCUUGGCGUCUAGUUAUCGUUGGCCAAGAGCGAUAAUUCCCUAUGUCAUCUCGGACGCAUACACUACCGCUCAGCGCGAAAUCAUCGCAUUUGCCAUGAGUGCCUAUCACGACAACACAUGCAUACGUUUCGUUCCGCGAACCUGUGAAACCAACUACAUCAGGAUCUUCAAAAGUGGAUCAGGUUGCUGGAGCUACGUAGGCCUCAUCAACCAAGGUGCUCAGGAUGUGAGUCUCGACAAUGGAUGUGUCGCGUCUCAGGCACCGGGAAUCGUCAUGCACGAGUUUAUGCACGCCGCUGGAUUCUUCCACGAACAGUCCCGUCCAGACCGUGAUACGUAUGUAUCCAUCAAUCUAAACAACGUUUUAGAGCAAUACAGGCACAAUUUCGAUGCGCUGACAACGUCACAGGUCACCACCCUAGGACUUGCAUACGAUUAUGGAUCUGUGAUGCAUUAUCCAAGGCGAGCCUUUGCUAUUGACAAUACAAUUGACGUCAUCACGCCACUUAUUGGUAAUCCCACCAUAGGACAACUAACGGGAUUCAGUUCGUUGGAUCUCCAGAAACUUAACGCAUUGUACUGCUCAUAGGGCUUCACCAAGUUUAGUUGAACCAGUUUAUGGACCAUAAAUUUAUUUGACUGACGAUGCUCUAUCUAUUGCCAUCAUUUUGCAUAAAUCAACAAACUGUUUGUCCCUUUUAUCUAACAACAGCAAUUAUCUUUUUGUGCUUUAACCAGUUUCCUAUCCAAUGCCAUCUGAUCCCUGACAUGUUACUGCACAGAUAGACGCUUCCAAGUGCUGCUGCUUGCUUUGCUGAGAAUUGCUUUUCCUACAUUCUCUAAAUACACAGUUUUGUUUAGCAUGAAAAACAACACAUGUGCUUCCCAGUGUAGAACACAACAGUCACCCGUUUCCGUGGUUAGGGAGAUACAAACAACCAACAUAACCGACUUUUUGUGUGAAAAUUUUUUUAUAUGUCUACAAGUUAUCAAUAAAUGCGUGCAUAUAAUUGA